CAUGAAUACAAAACCCUAGAAUAGUUUCUUGAGUUUAGAAAUGAUUGGUGAGAGAAUUAUAUAAAAGAGGAUUGGUGAAGAUAAUUUUGUGAUUGAGGGUAAAAAUUAUUGAACGCUUCGAGAGGCGUGCAAAGGCUUCCAUCCCAAUAAAAAUACACAGAUAAUUUUGUUUAUAUUCAAUUAAAGUCAUUUUAUUAGUAAUCUUUCUCUACGGUUACGCUAUAAAAUAGUCAUACAACAUUGGUAUUUUCACUCAUCUCUCUCUUAGUAGUUUAUACUGUAAAUUAGCUCAGAGCAUUGAGAAUUGUGUUAUGUUCUCUAAGCUGUGACAAAAUUCUUUUCACUCAUCAGUCUCUAGGUUUUAGGCUAUAAAAAAGCUGUGGCAAAUACACUGAAUUUGUGAAUUGAAAAAUAUGAAGAAAUGAUUUGAGCUAGUGGAAGCAAUUAUAAUCCUCCAUCAGCAAAAACUACUGUUGAAGCAGCUGGAGAAGGAAGGUUGAGGAGUACGAGGGAAAGCCCAAAAGAAAGCUGAAGACCACUGCCACACAAAAUUAAAAAAAGCAUUCAGAAGACAGCAGAAAGAAACUCUUUUUGCAGGUGGGCAUCCAUUCAUUGCCAGCAGAAAAAGCUGGCCAGCUAUAGAAAAACAGCUGCACCACUAUCUCUUUAAGCUCUUCUAGAUCUCCGACCCCUCUACAGCAUAUUUCUCUUCAAGAUAACAUAGUCUACUAUAUUCUCUAUCUUGGAUCAAGUGCAAUAUCAAGGGCAAAAAUGAGGAUGAUAGAUAUCAGCAGCGAGCGGAAUGCAAUGCAAAUCAUAGACAGGACUACCUCUGUGGAUUGUGAAAAAGAUGUUCGCUGCUGGCCCAGAUCGUUGAAAUCUCUUGUAGAAUUCAUGGUGCCCUGCUGUGGGUGCCAGUCAAUGGCAGGAGGUUCAGUUGACGAUCCUGAUACUGAAUCAACACUUGGGUCGACCGUGACCGGCACCAUCUUUGGCUACAGAAAAGGCCGGGUGAGCUUCUGCAUUCAAGAAGACCGCCAAGGUCCAAAUCUUUUACUUCUGGAAUUCGCCAUGCCCACAUAUCUUCUGGCCAAAGAAAUGCAGUAUGGGCUACUGAGGAUUGCAUUGGAGUGUGAUAAGGAGAAUACAAGGGAGGGAUCUUUGUUUUCUGUGCCUGUUUGGACCAUGUACUGCAAUGGACGGAAGGCGGGGUUUGCCAUUAGGCGCCAUGUUACUGAGAAUGACAGAGCAAUUUUGAAGGUGAUGCAGUGUAUUUCUGUGGGUGCAGGGGUUUUGCCAUAUAGAGAGACCAAAGCUGAUGAAGGUGAGCUUAUGUAUAUGAGAGCUACUUAUGAAAGAGUUGUGGGGUCUUCUGAUUCAGAGUCUUUUCAUAUGAUCAACCCAGAUGGUAGCACAGGACAGCAGCUUAGUAUUUUCCUCCUUCGAUCGUGACAACAUUAUGGGUUUCUCAAGUUUCAUGGCUCAAUGAAUUAUAUCUCUGUUAGUUUUCAGGAGUGUUUUAGUUUAAUUCUAGCCUGGUUUGGUGCGGCUUGAUCAUGCUAGACUUCUUUGUGCAUUGUAUUUAUCAUCAUGGUCGUCUUGACGUGAUUAAUGUACCAUAGAGGGGAUGAAAAAUACGGAAAGCAUCCGAUUGUAGAUAUAGGCCCAAGGAAAUGUUAAAAAAAGUAGGAAAAAGCAUUUCAAAUAGAUGCUUUUGUUCUCUGUCAGACCAGAAAGAUUCUAAUCUGCUGGCCAAGUUAAAGUUGGAUUGAAAUCCACCAUACCCACAAGCUGAUUAGUGCAGCAUGACUUGUUACAACUGUGUACUUCUCUGAAUAAUAAUUUAAAUGUGAAAGUUAUAUGUCA